AUAGCAGAGGUCUUGUACCCCACAGCAGACUAUGUGACCGUGGAGUUAAACAGGAUUCAGUGUCUGGAGGCCAGGGAAGUCAUUGUAAGGACGUUAUCAACACAAGGAGAGUCCCAAGACUCGCCUGUGGCCAUCAUCCCGCACAAUCUCUUGGGCUCUCCGCGUCUCUCCCACAGAACAACCGCACCUCCACAUUCUAUGCCACACCCACAGUCCCAUCCGGUGCACUCACAGACCCAUCCCCCGUACCCGUCGACGUACCCCCCAACCCACCCCCAGCCCCAGGUGCAGCCUCUGCCUCGAGCCCAGCCCCACACGCUGCCCCACGCACAGCCGCACUCGCAGCCCGUCCGCCACCCUCCCGCUCCCCCUCCUCAUGCCCAGCCUCAUUUUCAGCGCCACCCUAUGCCCAAGUCCAAACCAUUAGUAAGUGCCAGAGAGCCAGAAACCAAAGAGCAUGAGGUGGGCCUGCGGUCAGCCCAGCCCUGGGAGCGCUCCCCCUCUCCGUUGCCUCCCAUGCGCGGACCCAACCUGGAGCCGCCGCACUUCCCGCCUCGGCGAUCCCCCUCUCCUCAGAGGAUCCUGCCGCAGCCUCAGGGAGUCCCCAUCCCCAACACCAUCGCCAAGGCCAUGGCCAGGGAAGCUGCCCAGAGAGUGUUUGCUGAGGGCAACCGGGUUGAGAAAAGGAACAUCUUCAGCGAGCGAGGUAAUGCCCUGCAUCCACUCAACUCUGAUGAGGAGGAGGAUGGCUACGACUCCCCUCAUGCGAGGAGGAGAGGAGCCUCGGUGGAUGAAUUCCUCAGAGGCUCAGAGUUGGGCAGACAGCACCACCAUCACCACUACAGCCACAGCGAGGAGUACCACACGGAGAGCAGCCGGGGUUCUGACCUGUCCGACAUCAUGGAGGAGGAUGAGGAAGAUCUGUACUCUGAGAUGCAGCUGGAGGAGGGCCGCAGGCGCAGCAUCAACUCUCACAACACUCUGAAGGCGUAUUACAAGCGUCAGGACUUAGCCGAGGAAAGAGACUGCUGGGAUCUCCAGAGGGAGGUGGUGAAGCAGAGGUCGCUCCGCAGCAAGCGUCUCCACAGCAUCCCCGAGGUGGCCGAGGAAGAGUCGGACAGCGUGGACAGCAUGGGCCAGCGCCUGUGCUUCGAAGAGGGCGGGCGGCCGGGGACGCCGCACACUCAGCGGAGGAUGUACCCCCAGGACGCUCACAUGCGCAACCAUCUCACACCCAACAAGAACUCCCGCCUGCAGCGCCAACGCUCUUCCCCUCGCUUCACCGACAGCCGCUACUGCUACAGUGCAGACGACCGCAGUUUAGGGCGACCCAACCGCCAGAACACCAAGAGUCCUGACAGUGGUUUAGACUGCGGCAGCGAGGAAGAAGGCUCUCUAGGACGGGGUCAUCGAGGGUACUACGCUCAUGGGAGUCCCAUGCGGGGGCCUGUGCGCAUCAUCCACUGUGAAGGCCCGGUAGAGAGGCGGGCGCUGGCUAUGGGCCGCAAAAGAACUCUGACCCGCCAGUGCAGCGUGGAGGAGGAGUUCUCUGACAUCCCACUGUCUGCAACCAAGUCGGUACACACGGGUGACUUUAGGAACAGGGAGCACUUUGGGCCUGGUCGGGAGGCCGGGCCGCGAAACUACUCCAGGGAAGGUGCCCUGAGCGAGGGCAGGCUGAACGAGCUGGACAGGGUCUAUUACAGCCCCCACAGGGAGGCUAGGGCCCAGUCUUUGUCCAGGCUCAACCGGGACCAGCCGCUGAUCAUUGGGAACUCACCGUCACAUGGAAGCGCAGAUCGUCUGGACCAUUCAGGGAGGAGGCCGGUUCACAUCGGCACCCCCUCUCAGCGACGACCCAUCCCAUCCAUUGAGAUCACCAUGGACAGUAACAGUGAGGGGAGUGAGGGGAACCUCUCACCCGUCAAGGAGGAUGUUUACUAUGGCAGUGUAGCUCGGCGCAGGAUAUGGCGAUCUAUGUCCUCAGAGGAUCAAUAUGACGGCUAUGGCGGGCGCAGACACGGGCGGGGACGGCGCUCCCCGGAUUACUAUGAGGAAUCAGAGCUGGACGAGAUGACCCGAGUGUUUGUGGCUCUCUUUGACUAUGACCCCCUGUCCAUGUCUCCCAACCCCGACGCUGCUGAUGAGGAGCUGCCAUUCAAGGAGGGCCAGAUCAUCAAGGUGUUUGGCAAUAAAGACACAGACGGUUUCUACAGGGCGGAGAUCCGAGACCGAGUGGGUCUGAUCCCCUGUAACAUGGUCUCUGAGAUCCAAACGGAGGACGAUGAAAUGAUGGACCAGCUCCUUAAACAGGGCUUCCUCCCACUCAACACUCCUGUAGAGAAGUUAGUGAACUGUGACCGUUUCAAAGAUGGCCGCUCAAUUAAUCGCAGGUCCAGAAAAUCCAAGAGAGAAAGAAACAGGCGGAGCGGGCGUCAGCAUCCAAUGUCAACGCGGAGAAUGGUGGCUCUGUAUGACUACGACCCCCGAGAGAGCUCCCCCAACGUUGAUGUUGAGUAUGAAGGCAACAGACUGAAUGAGGAGGCUGAACUGACUUUCUGUGCCGGUGAUGUCAUCACAGUUUUUGGUGAAAUAGAUGAAGAUGGCUUUUACUAUGGCGAGCUCAAUGGACACAAGGGACUUGUUCCUUCCAACUUUCUAGAAGAAGUGCCUGAUGAUGUAGAGGUUUUUCUCACUGACUCACCAUCUCGGUACCCCCAGGACACUCCAGCACGGAUAAAGACCAAAAGGGUUCCAUUGGAAAAAUCGGGUCCGCCCAGAAGAGCAGCCUCUCCCACAGUGCGUCCACACAUCCCUGGCUCUGGCCCUGCCACCGUGGGGCCCGGCAGUCCCAUCAGGGGCCCAAUGGACUUGUACUCCUCCAAAAAGAAAAAGGGACUGCUCUCCAAAGGGAAGAAACUAUUGCAAAGACUUGGCGCUGUAAAAUAA